GGAGGGGAAGCCGCGGCAGACGUACGACGACAUCGACGACGUGGUCAUCCCGGCGCCCAUCCAGCAGGUGGUGACGGGCCAGUCGGGGCUCUUCACGCAGUACAACAUCCAGAAGAAGGCCAUGACCGUGGGCGAGUACCGCCGCCUGGCCAACAGCGAGAAGUACUGUACCCCUCGACACCAGGACUUCGACGACCUGGAGCGCAAGUACUGGAAGAACCUCACCUUCGUGUCCCCCAUCUACGGGGCGGACAUCAGCGGCUCUCUCUACGACGAUGACGUGGCGCAGUGGAACAUCGGCAACCUGCGGACCAUCCUGGACAUGGUGGAGCGAGAGUGCGGCACCAUCAUCGAGGGCGUGAACACGCCCUACCUGUACUUCGGCAUGUGGAAGACCACCUUCGCCUGGCACACGGAGGACAUGGACCUGUACAGCAUCAACUACCUGCACUUCGGGGAGCCCAAGUCCUGGUACGCCAUCCCGCCGGAGCACGGCAAGCGCCUGGAGCGGCUGGCCCUCGGCUUCUUCCCCGGGAGCUCUCAGGGCUGCGACGCGUUCCUGCGGCACAAGAUGACGCUCAUCUCACCCAUCAUCCUGAAGAAGUACGGGAUCCCCUUCAGCCGGAUCACGCAGGAGGCCGGGGAGUUCAUGAUCACCUUCCCGUACGGCUACCACGCCGCCUCCACCCCCGCGCUCAACCACGGCUUCAACUGCGCCGAGUCCACCAACUUCGCCACGCUGCGCUGGAUCGACUACGGCAAAGUGGCCACUCAGUGCACCUGCCGCAAGGACAUGGUGAAGAUCUCCAUGGACGUGUUCGUGCGCAUCCUGCAGCCCGAGCGCUACGCGCUGUGGAAGCAGGGCAAGGACCUCACCGUGCUGGACCACACGCGGCCCACGGCGCUCAGCAGCCCCGAGCUCAGCUCCUGGAGCGCCUCGCGGGCCUCGCUCAAGGCCAAGCUCCUCCGCAGACAAAUUAGUCUGAAAGAAAGCAGACACUGGAGAAAGGCUGAGGAGGAGAGGAAACCCAGUCUAGAGAGGAGGAGAGAGCAGACCAAACAGCCGGGGCUGUCGUCUCACCGCAAGCGGAGCCAGCCCAAGAAGCCCAAGCCCGAGGACCCCAAGUCCCAGGAGGACGGUGUAGCUGGGGCAGCCCUCCUGGAGGAGGUGGGGGCUGGCAUGAAGGAGGAGGCUGCGCAGGAGGCCGACCCUGAGGAGGAGGAUGAGGAGCCGCAGCCUGCCCUGCAGGGCCGGGAGGCCGAGGGCCCAGAAGAGCCUCCAGUGCCAGCCCCGGACCCUGCGGAAGAGGAGAGCCCCCCGCGAGGGCCCCUGAACGUGCUGCCCCCCGAGGUGCCUGGCGCGGAGCCCGGAGCCCGGCCACGGCCCAUCAUCCCCUUGCUGUACCUGGUGCCCCGCACGGGCAGGGCGGCCCUCGACCGGGAGCGCGGGACUCGCCAGCAGGCCUCGGAGCCCGCUGCCCCUGAGGGCGCCACCUGGAAGGAGCAGGCUGCUCCCAUGGAGCUGGCCGGGCCAGAGGACGAGACCACAGCGCGGGCUGCAGAGGUGCAGGCGCCCUCCACGUUUUCUAAGUUGAAGAUGGAGAUUAAGAAGAGCCGGCGCCACCCCCUGGGCCGGCCACCCACACGGUCCCCGCUGUCUGUGGUCAAGCAGGAGGCCUCCAGCGACGAGGAGGCCUUCCCCUUCUCCGGGGAGGAGGACGUGAGCGACCCCGAGGCCCUGCGGCCCCUGCUCGCCUUGCAGUGGAAGAACCGGGCGGCCAGCUUCCAGGCCGAGCGCAAGUCCAACGCGGCGGCCGCCCUGACCGAGCCCUACUGCGCCGUCUGCAGCCUCUUCUACCCCUACAGCCAGGCCCUGCAGGCUGAGAAGGAGCCGCCCGCGGCGGCGCUCGGGGAGGGCUCCGCAGCCAGGCCACCUUCCAAGAGCGGCCAGAGGACGCGGCCGCUGAUCCCCGAGAUGUGCUUCACGUCCAGCGGGGAGAACACGGAGCCGCUCCCCGCCAACUCCUACAUCGGGGACGACGGGACCAGCCCGCUCAUCGCAUGCGCCAAGUGCUGUCUGCAGGUCCACGCCAGUUGCUAUGGCAUCCGCCCCGAGCUGGUGACAGAUGGCUGGACGUGUUCCCGCUGCGCGGCCCACGCCUGGACUGCGGAAUGCUGUCUGUGUAACCUCCGAGGAGGGGCGCUGCAGGUGACCACCGACAGGAGGUGGAUCCACGUGAUCUGCGCCAUCGCCGUCCCUGAGGCGCGCUUCCUGAACGUGAUCGAGCGCCACCCUGUGGACAUCAGCGCCAUCCCAGAGCAGCGGUGGAAGCUGAAGUGCGUGUACUGCCGGAAGCACAUGAAGAAGGUGUCGGGCGCCUGCAUCCAGUGCUCCUACGAGCACUGCUCCACGUCCUUCCACGUGACCUGCGCCCACGCCGCCGGCGUGCUCAUGGAGCCGGACGACUGGCCCUACGUGGUCUCCAUCACCUGCCUGAAGCACAAGUCGGGGGGCCACAGCGUGCAGCUGCUGAGGGCCGUGUCCCUGGGCCAGGUGGUCAUCACCAAGAGCCGCAACGGCCUGUACUACCGCUGCCGCGUCAUCGGCACCACCACGCAGACCUUCUACGAGGUCAACUUCGACGACGGCUCCUACAGCGACAACGUGUACCCCGAGAGCGUCCCGAGCAGAGACUGUGUCCGGCUGGGCCCCCCUCCCGAGGGCGAGCUGGUGGAGCUCCGGUGGGCCGACGGCAACCUCUACAGAGCCAGGUUCAUCUCCUCCGCGACCAGCCACAUCUACCAGGUGGAGUUUGAGGACGGGUCCCAGCUGACGGUGAAGCGUGGUGACAUCUUCACCCUGGAGGAGGAGCUCCCCAAGCGGGUCCGGUCACGGCUGUCGCUCAGCACGGGGGCGCCGCAGGAGCCCGCCCUCUCAGGAGAGGACGCCAAGGCCGCCAAGCGCCCUCGGGUGGGCACCCCUGUGGCCACUGAGGACUCGGGGCGGAACCCGGACUACCUGGCCUUCGUGGACAGCCUCCUGCAGGCGCAGGGCCGGCCCGGAGCGUCCUUCUAAGGCCCCUCGGCCCAGCCAGGCAGGCCACGGCGGGCCCGGGCGAUUGCUUGCUGUGAAUUCCUGUCCUCGCCUCCCGGCCCAAGAGGCUACCUCCACGCCGCCACGGCGCCCUCCCCGGGCGGCAGGAGCAGCAGGAGCCGGCCCGCGGCCCGGACUCAGGGAGCAGGCUGGGCGGCCGGGCGGCUGGGCGGCCGGGGCUCGCGCCUCACCUCCUCGGAUUUUUAAACCAUGUAAGCUUCUGUUCUCGAAAAGGUGCUACUGCGUCGCGGACCGAGCAGCGUGGGGACCGUGACUUCUGUACAUACGUCACCUUUGUGAGGCUCUUUCUAUAAAUACAUGUUGUUUAAAAAAAAGCAAGAAAAAAGGAAAACAAAGAAAAGCAAAAAAUCCCCAAAGUUGUUUUCUAGAUUUGUGGCUUUAAAAACAAAGCAAAACAAAACCAACAGGUUCUUUCUCAGAACCAAGAUGCGCUGAGAUGAAAGCAUCUCAUUUUUUGUUUGUUGCUGUUUUAAAAUCUUGUUUGUCUAUUGAGCGGGCAGGGACAGAAGCAGGCGGUGGCUGGAGGUGACGUGGUGGCUGUCAGGAGACCCGGCGGCUGCCUGGACUCUCCGUCGCCGGCCAGCAACCCGCGGCGUUGCUGAUGGUCUUCCUCAAGCCUGAAUCUCGCUCGCAGACGCCCCGAGGUCCAGGCGGCCACCACCACCUCUGGCCACCACCAGCUCUGGUCCCCUCUCAGCUGCGGCAGAAG